AUGGACAAUACCCACGGCCAUCACUGGAGCACAACAGAAGGGGCUCACCUGUGCAAACGGCACAAGAGACCUGUCCGUGCUUUCUGCCUUACAGACGAGCAGGUGAUCUGUGCUGCCUGUGAUGGUGAGCACAGAGGACACACCAUCGGCCUGGUGAAAGAGGAGCGCAGGAGGAAACAGGAUGAAGUAAAGAAGCUGAAGGAAAGGUGCAAGGAGUUCAUGCAGGAACAGGACUAUGCAUCUACCCUGGUCAAGGAAAAGGCCAAAGAAACAGAUGACUUCUGUGAGGCCAUCCUGACAAGUGUCAUUGACCUCCUGCAGACCCACUACAUGUCACUGCGACAGUGGGUCCAGGCCCAAGAGCAAACGGCACUGACCACGGUGCAGAGUCGGAGGGAAGCAGAGCUGAGGAGGAUGUGCUCACGACUCGACCACUUGACUUACACUGACAGUGAUGUGCAGUUCCUUCUGGACUGGCCCUUGGUGCGUCAGCGCUGUGAGACAAAGCUCACAGAGUUCACUGAUGAUCUGUACUGUCCCUUUGAGACCCUUCAAAAGACUGUCGCAUCUCUGGGGAAUCGGCUGGAGGACUUUUGCAAAAGAGAAUUUUCUUCAAUAAUAAAUAUUGAAUCUGGAUCCCUUCCUGAGGUAUUCGAGACGGACCAUGAUGACAUUCAGCAAACAAAUACAGACUGUGAUGUUGAUGAGAUUACCAGCAUGGUGACAACAGAGCACAUGACCAGGGAAUACUUUUUGGAGUAUGCCUGUGUUCUCACAUUGGAUCCCAGCACCGCUCACAAGGACCUGCUUUUGUCCAGAGACCUCAAAGAGGUGAAGGUGGCCCCAGCAGGAGCUCGGACCUCUCGUGGUCACUCUCCUGAGCGCUUCCUCCACAGACGACAGCUGUUGUGCAAAGAGGGUCUGCAGGAGAACCACUGCUACUAUGAAGUGGAAAUAAGCGGAGAUAAAACUGAGAUUGCUCUGGCCUACGAGGACAUCGACCGAAAGUCUCGUUUUAAACCUUCAGCGUUUGGUGCCAAUGAAAAUUCGUGGAGCCUGGACUGCACCUCCACACACUACUCUGUGAGCCACUGUGGGGACAGUGUGCAGCUGUGCUCUGUGCCGCAGCACCGGCGCAUCGGGGUGUUCCUGCAGUUCAGGAAGGGGGCCGUGUCCUUCUAUGAGGUCUCUGACACCAUGACCUUUCUCUACACCAUGCAAAGCAACUUUAGGAAACCUCUGUAUCCGGGGUUUUGGAUCGAUGCCGAUUGUUCCAUAAAGAUCUGUGACUUCAUGGAUGAAAAGUGA